AUGGCUUUCAAAUACGUCUUGUUGUCCCUUUGCGCUCUUCUCGGCGCCGCUCAUGGUGGCAACUUGUUUGCCCCCGUAGCCACCUACGCUGCCGCUCCUGUGAUUGCAAAGGUGGCCCAGCCCCACUACGAUGCCGUGGGCACCACCCAGCAGAAUGUGGUACGCUCCUUCGGCGGCACCGUCUCCACCUACUCCAAGAAUGUGGUGACCCCCUACUCGAGCGUGAGCAAAGUGGACUCUCGCACUACCAACAACGUGUACACCCCGGCGGUGGCCAAGACUGUCUACAGCGCACCAGUGGUGACCAAGUCCUACUACACCGCUGAAGCUCCCUCCGUGGCUGCACCAGUGGCCUACACCAAGACUUAUGCAGCCCCUGCUCCAGUCGUGACCAAGACCUAUGCUGCUCCAGCCGUUUAUGCUGCUCCUGCUCCAGUGUUCACAAAGACCUAUGCUGCUCCAGCUCCAGUCGUGGCCAAGACCUAUGCUGCUCCAGCCGUUUAUGCUGCUCCUGCUCCAGUGUUCACAAAGACCUAUGCUGCUCCAGCUCCCGUGAUUGCCAAGACAUAUGCCGCUCCAGCUCCUGCUGUUUAUGCCACUGCGCCCACCGCCUUCGUCAAGUAUUCGCCCGCUGCCACCGUUGCUCAUGUGAGCUUUGAUGGCUUCGGCGCCCACUGGGGCUACUAA